AUCAUCAUCCUUUCAGUUCCCCAUCCCCCGCCGUCUCGAGUCCUUGCGGCUGCGCUCCCCCUCUCGUCUUGCGCGGUCACGCCGCCGUCGGCCGCAUCGGAGCCGACUCCGCCCCAGCCGCGCGCGGCAACCAGCCACCCAGCAGAGCGCGCAUAGCCCCCAGUGAAUCCAUCGGCAGCCUUCUCACCAUCAGACCGCGACCAUCCGCCGUCCAGCCUCGCUCCGCCCGAAUCGACCACCCAAUCCCCUCGCCGCACGCACGGCGGCGCCAUGGACGCCACGCUGCUGCUCUCCGCCGUCGACGCCACCUUCGCUGCCCGGCGACGCCCUUGUACGCCCGCGCGCCGCCCGGGGCGGGUUGUGCCAGGCCUGCGUCCGGCGCCCUGCAGGUCCGUCCACGCGCGAGCCACCGCAGCGGCUGCGCCAGCUGCCGGGCAAAGCAAUGCAGUCUACACGGUUGGUGACUUCAUGACGAGGAAGGAAAAUCUCCAUGUUGCCAAACCUACGACAUCAGUUGAUGAAGCCCUCGAGCUGUUGGUGCAGCACAGGAUUUCUGGCUUCCCUGUGGUUGACGACAAUUGGAAGCUGGUUGGGGUCGUCUCAGAUUAUGAUCUGUUAGCACUGGACUCAAUGUUAGGAAAUGGACUUCCUGAUACAGAUACAAACAUGUUCCCUGAUGUGGAAAGUACUUGGAAGACAUUCCGUGAGAUCCAGAGACUACUAAGCAAAACUAAUGGCAAAGUCAUUGGUGAUGUUAUGACUUCUUCGCCCCUUGUGGUGCGUGAAAAUACUAAUCUGGAUGCGGCUACAAGGUUGCUACUUGAAACCAAGUACCGGAGAUUACCUGUAGUUGAUAGCACGGGGAAACUUGUUGGGAUGAUAACAAGGGGAAACGUCGUUGGAGCUGCUCUUGAAAUAAAGAAGAAAUCUGAAGAAGGUGCUUGAAUCGCAGUGCCUUUGGCAUUCAAUUCAUUGAUACAUUUAUUGGUGGAAAGUAAUUACGAUUGUAUACGCUGAGAGUUCUACUUGAACACUAAUAGAUGGAUAUGGUGUUGGAUUAAGAUUAAUAUAAGUUGCAAAGGGCUUUGAUAUAAUCUGGUGAAAAGUAAUUGUGAUUGUAUACACUGAGAGUUCUACUCGAACACCAAUAGAUGGAUAAGGACUUGGUUCCCUCUCAA